AUGGCUUCGUCAGCAUUUCGAAACCCUAAUUCGAGGCGCGUAUGCACGCUGACUCCGCAAAUAUACUCCUCCAGCUUCCGAGUAUCAGCUGCCACUGCGCCGUUCUCAGUCUUCGAAUCGCCGCUUUCUUCCAGUGAAAUCCCCUCUGUUUCCAACCCUUGGUGGAGAUCAAUGGCUACCUUUACUCGCACAAAACCUCAUGUGAAUGUGGGAACAAUUGGACACGUUGAUCAUGGAAAGACUACCUUAACGGCUGCAAUCACUAGGGUCUUAUCAGAAGAAGGGAAGGCUAAGGCAAUUGCUUUUGAUGAAAUUGACAAAGCUCCCGAAGAGAAAAAGAGAGGAAUUACUAUUGCCACUGCGCACGUGGAAUAUGAGACUGCAAAGAGGCAUUAUGCUCAUGUAGAUUGCCCUGGACAUGCCGAUUAUGUUAAAAACAUGAUUACGGGAGCUGCUCAAAUGGAUGGGGGUAUUCUAGUUGUUUCUGCCCCAGAUGGGCCAAUGCCGCAGACAAAAGAACAUAUUCUAUUGGCACGCCAGGUUGGUGUACCUUCACUUGUGUGCUUUCUUAAUAAAGUUGAUGCUAUCAAUGACCCGGAAUUGCUGGAGCUUGUGGAAAUGGAGCUACGGGAAUUGCUUAGCUUUUACAAGUUUCCUGGGGAUGAAAUACCCAUAGUUCAAGGAUCUGCUCUGUCUGCUUUAGAGGGUAAAAAUGAAGAAAUAGGGAAAAAGGCUAUCUUAAAACUAAUGGAAGCUGUAGAUUCAUACAUUCCUGAUCCUGUACGUCAGCUUGAUAAGCCUUUCCUGAUGCCUGUUGAAGAUGUUUUCACUAUUCAGGGCCGUGGUACAGUUGCCACUGGCCGUGUAGAACAGGGCGUGAUCAAACAAGGCGAUGAUGUGGAGAUUUUGGGGCUUACACAGAACCCUAGGAAAACUACAGUGACUGGUGUUGAGAUGUUCAAGAAGAUUUUGGAUUUUGGGCAGGCUGGUGACAAUGUGGGUCUUCUUCUACGUGGCUUGAAACGUGAGGAUAUCCAACGAGGAAUGGUGAUUGCAAAGCCUAACACUAUUAAAACAUACACAAAGUUUGAAGCAGAGAUUUAUGUGCUCACAAAAGAGGAAGGUGGUCGCCAUACGGCCUUCUUCUCAAAUUACAGACCGCAAUUCUACAUGAGGACGGCUGAUGUUACUGGUAAAGUCGAGUUGCCCGAAAAUGUUAAGAUGGUUAUGCCAGGGGACAAUGUGACAGCUGCCUUUGAGCUGAUAUACCCAGUUCCACUAGAAGCAGGACAAAGAUUUGCCCUGAGGGAGGGAGGCCGAACUGUUGGUGCCGGUGUUGUCUCAAAAGUCAUUAGUUGA